UACGGGUGUCCACCCACAAGACCCAUGCACCAAAUUAUCCCACACACACCGCCCGCCAGUCUUCGACAUUAAUGAAAAAAAAAUGAAAAAUCACCUUCACCAUUCCAUAACCCCCAGUCAAGAUGUUCUCCAGAUCAAGCAUACGUAACUUAAUUCGAACAUACCGUACCUCUGCCAUUCCCAAGGGCCAGAGACCUUCACCCAAGGACAGUCCCUCCGACCCCAAGGAAUUAGCUCGAAGACAUGCUCAAGUUAAAGCGUUCAACCGUCGUUCACCAAAACUGCAUCCAUUAUAUAUGAAUAUUCCAACUGCAUUAAAAUAUUUGAGAGCAGCAGAAGUAGGACAGCCAGCACUGAAAACAACCAUCAGUCUUAUGAUCAAUGUGAUUCCAGAAAAAGGUUCAAUACCAUUACAAGGAUCAAUUUUCUAUCCAAAUUCAUUCAAGAAAAAUCGAGUAAUUGCAUUUACCAAUAAUGAAGAAGAAAUUAAUAAUUUGAAAAUUAAUAAUGAUGUUUUGGUUGGUGGAGUCGAAUUAAUUAAUCAAAUUUUAAAUGAUGAAAUUAAUUUGGAUCAAUACACUCAAGCAUACGCAAAUGAAUCAAUUAGUAAAAAUUUAAAUCAAAUUGCAAGAAAAUUGGGUCCCAGAGGUUUAAUGCCAACCACCAAAAGAGGUACUGUUGGCUCAGAUAUCCUAAAAUUAAUUAAUGAAAAUAAUAGUGCUCUCCCUUUUAAACAAAAGGGUAGACAUGUUUCAGUUCCAAUUGGUAGAUGUGAUUUUAGUGAUGAACAAUUAUUAACUAAUUUAAAAUACGCUUCAAAAGCAAUCUUUGACUCCCAACCAAAAGGUACUAAAAAACCAAAUACAAUUGGUAUUGCCUAUUUAUCAAGUACUUUAGGUCCUUCCAUCGUAGUAGAUAUUAAAAAUUAAACUUUUUUUCCCUCUGUAC